GUUUUGUAGGGGGUUGGGAAGGGUUCUGUGUUGAUCUUUCUUUUUGUGCCUCUGCUGUGUGCUUUACCCGCGCAUGGUGGAGGAGCCAUCUACGAGAGGGAUUAUCAACGACACGCCCGUUUGUUUGGCAAAUCUUUAUUAGUAUCAAGCGAGUACUUUCUUAAUUUUAGACCCUUAUGAGGGUGUAAAUAUUACCGUUUUAACAAUGGCUAAUAUCUCCUUGGAGCAACUUAAACAUGUCGACCUUGAGAAAAUUCCCGUUGAGGACAUUUUUACUCAACUCAAAUGUACGAAGGAAGGGUUGACCCACGAUGAAGCAACCAAAAGGCUUGCAAUUUUUGGGCCCAACAAGCUCGAGGAGAAAAAGGAAAGCAAGAUCCUCAAAUUUUUGGGGUUCAUGUGGAAUCCUCUUUCAUGGGUGAUGGAAGCUGCCGCCAUCAUGGCCCUUGUUUUGGCCAACGGAGGUGGCAGGCCACCAGACUGGCCAGACUUUGUGGGCAUUGUUGUCCUUCUAAUCAUCAAUGCAACCGUCAGUUUUAUUGAAGAAAACAAUGCUGGGAAUGCGGCAGCCGCCCUUAUGGCAGGUCUUGCCCCCAAGUGUAAGGUUUUUAGAGAUGGGAGAUGGGGAGAACAAGAAGCUGCAAUUUUGGUUCCUGGAGAUUUGAUUAGUGUUAAGUUGGGAGAUAUCAUUCCAGCUGAUGCUCGGCUUCUGGAAGGUGAUCCUUUGAAGAUUGACCAAUCUGCUCUCACUGGUGAAUCUCUCCCUGUGACCAAGUAUCCUGGAAAUGCAGUAUACUCAGGUUCCACGUGCAAGCAGGGUGAGAUCGAGGCUGUUGUUAUCGCCACUGGUAUCAAUACCUUCUUCGGAAAGGCUGCCCAUCUUGUGGAGAACACCAACCAAGUCGGUCACUUUCAACAGGUCUUGACUGCCAUUGGUAACUUUUGUAUAUGCUUCAUUGCUGUGGGACUUGUCAUCGAAGCCAUAGUGAUGUUUGCUUUCCAACAAAGAGCAUAUAGAGAUGGGAUUGAUAACUUGUUGGUCCUACUCAUCGGUGGUAUCCCGAUUGCCAUGCCUACGGUUCUAUCUGUGACAAUGGCUAUUGGAUCUCACCGCCUUUCACAACAAGGUGCCAUUACCAAGAGGAUGACAGCUAUUGAAGAAAUGGCAGGCAUGGAUAUUCUCUGCAGUGACAAAACUGGUACCCUCACCCUGAACAAGCUGACCGUUGACAAAUCCCUGAUUGAGGUUUUUGUCAAGGACUGCAACAAGGACUUGGUCAUCUUGUAUGCUGCUAGAGCUUCCAGGGUCGAGAACCAGGAUGCCAUUGAUGCUUCGAUGGUGAACAUGUUGGAUGACCCCAGAGAAGCAAGAGCUGGAAUCAAAGAGGUGCAUUUCUUGCCAUUUAAUCCAGUUGACAAGCGCACGGCUAUAACCUAUAUUGACAAUAAUGGAAACUGGCAUAGAUCCAGCAAGGGUGCUCCAGAGGAGAUCAUCAAGCUAUGUGACCUCAAGGGUGAAAGUUUGAAGAGAGCUCAAGGUAUCAUCGACACCUUUGCUAACCGUGGUCUUAGAUCCUUAGCUGUGGCUCGUCAAACUGUCCCAGAGAAGACUAAGGAAAGUGCUGGUUCCCCCUGGGAAUUCAUUGGUUUACUUCCACUCUUUGACCCCCCAAGACAUGAUAGUGCUGAUACCAUCCGGAAGGCAUUAGAACUCGGUGUCAAAGUUAAGAUGAUCACCGGUGACCAGCUCGCUAUCGGAAAGGAGACGGGUCGGAGGCUUGGCAUGGGAACUGACAUGUACCCCUCUUCUUCACUUAUUGGACAAAGCACAGAUGAUGAGCUCAUUGAGAAGGCUGAUGGCUUUGCUGGAGUAUUCCCUGAGCACAAGUAUGAGAUUGUCAAAAAGUUGCAAGAGAGGAACCACAUUUGCGGUAUGACUGGAGAUGGAGUAAACGAUGCACCUGCGCUCAAGAGAGCUGACAUUGGGAUAGCCGUGGAUGAUGCUACCGAUGCAGCCAGGAGUGCAUCUGACAUAGUCUUAACUCAGCCAGGUCUUAGUGUGAUCGUGAGUGCCGUGUUGACAAGUAGAGCCAUCUUUCAGAGAAUGAAGAACUACACCAUAUAUGCUGUUUCAAUCACCAUUCGUAUUGUACUCAGUUUCAUGCUUGUUACUCUCAUUUGGGAAUUUGACUUCUCACCCUUUAUGAUCCUUAUCAUAGCCAUCCUUAACGAUGGAACCAUCAUGACAAUCUCCAAGGAUAGAGUUAAGCCAUCUCCUAUCCCAGACUCAUGGAAGCUAAAUGAAAUUUUUGCCACUGGUGUUGUCCUAGGAACUUAUCUCGCUUUUGUAACCGCUAUCUUCUUCUGGCUUACAGCUCGGGUUGACUUCUUUCCCGAUCUUUUCGGAGUUCAAUCAAUCAUCGGAAAUGAGGAUAAGAUUAAUGCUGCACUUUACCUCCAAGUGAGCAUUAUCAGUCAGGCACUCAUAUUCGUGACAAGGUCUCGUGGCUGGUCAUUUGUUGAACGUCCCGGUAUCCUCCUGAUUGUGGCAUUUGCGAUAGCCCAGUUGGUGGCUACCUUAAUUGCUGUAUACGCAAGAUGGAGCUUUGCUAGGAUUGAGGGAAUCGGAUGGGGCUGGGCUUCAGCAAUCUGGAUCUUCAGCAUUGUUACCUACUUCCCUCUUGAUGUCCUCAAGUUCAUCAUUCGCCUCACGUUUGUUUAGAUGACAUGACCAA